AUGUCUCUCUCAUACGUGGCAAGUUCUAUACGCAGGACGCCAGUGCUCAGCUCGCGUCUGGUCGGGAGGUGCCCUACGAAGUCCUUGGAUCGUCUCGUGAAAAGGGCGGCCUCGACGUCUACGAAAUUUGUAAAGUUUGCCUGGGAGGACCCACUCGACCUCGAAAGUCUCCUGACGGAAGAGGAGGUUGCCAUUCGGCCAGUUCGCCGCACGCAUGCUUUCGAUGAGACCGCAAUUGCUAAUGAGAACCUCCUCCCACGCGUCCUCGAGGGUCAACGGACUGAAAACUAUGAUCACGGCAUUCUUCCCGAGAUGGGUGCUCUCGGCCUGCUAGGACCAACGAUUCAAGGUUAUGGCUGCGCCGGUGUGAGCAGCGUCGCAUAUGGUCUCAUCGCACGCGAGGUUGAGAGGGUCGAUUCCGGCUAUCGCUCGACUUCUUCUGUUCAGUCAUCCCUAGUCAUGCACCCGAUCCACGAAUUCGGCAGUGAUGUGCAGAAGGAAAAGUACCUUCCAAGGCUGGCAAAGGGCGAGCUGGUCGGCUGCUUCGGGCUCACAGAGCCAAAUCAUGGCUCAGAUCCUGCUGGAAUGGAGACGACUGCAGAGGAGACAGAUGGGGGCUUUGUUAUCAACGGCGCGAAGACAUGGAUUACCAACUCUCCCAUAGCAGACAUAUUCAUCAUUUGGGCGCGGGCAAAGUGGGAUGGAAAGAUCCACGGCUUUGUCCUGGAAAAGGGAAUGGAAGGAUUAUCCGCACCCGCUAUCAAGCACAAGCUUGCCCUGCGAUGCUCCGCGACGGGUUCUAUAUUCAUGGACAAUGUCAAGGUCGGACACGACGCCAUCCUCCCUCACGGUUCAGGUAUGGGUGCACCCUUCUCCUGUCUCAACAGCGCACGGUACGGGAUAUCCUGGGGCGCCAUCGGCGCACUUGAGGACAGCAUCGCGCGUACGCGGGCAUAUGCGCUCGAGCGCCACCAGUUCAAGCGUCCUCUUGCAUCGUUCCAGCUUGUGCAGAAGAAGCUCGUGGAUGCCCAUACAGAGGCGGCGCUUGGCCUGCAGGCUAGUCUUCAAGUCGGACGUCUGAAGGACGCAGGAAAGUUGGCUCCGGAGAUGAUCAGCAUGGUGAAGCGCAACAACUGCGGCAAGGCACUCGAGCAUUCUCGAAGACUGUUGGAUAUUCUUGGUGGUAAUGCGUGCUCUGACGAAUAUCAUGUUGGCCGACACGCUGCUAACCUGCAGAUCGUGAAUACAUAUGAGGGAACAUAUGACAUCCACACGCUCAUUCUCGGCAAGGCAAUCACAGACAUAGCAGCUUUUGCCAAUUGA